CAGGAACCAGGAGGAGGGGAUCUGGAUGCUCUGCCUGCCUGUAACCUGGCCUUGCUUGGGACGCAGCAACAGGCUGCAAGAGGAGGAGCAGCAGCAACAGCAGCAACCUGUUUACUCACCUGGGCCCUUGGGAGGCUGCCUUCAUCUCUGGAACGGAGUCAGAUCUGGUGUUCUCCUUGUGUGUUUUCUCUUUUUCUGGGCCUCAUCAAGAGAGGAGAACGUGUCACUAGGGAGGUUGGGCUCCCUCUUUGGCUCUGGCUCUUUGCUGCGGGAUUAAUCCGUAUUAAAUUAUUCAGAAUCGGAUUUUUUUUUUUCCUUUUCCUCUUUGCAUUGCAUCGCUAAGGAGCAAUGCCCGUCGUCGACAAGCUUCGCCUGGAAGAGGCUUUGCAAGACAGCCCCCAGACCCGCUCAUUGCUGAGUGUCUUUGAAGAAGAUGCUGGAACACUUACAGAGUAUACCAACCAGUUACUUCAAGCAAUGCAACGGGUUUAUGGGGCACAGAAUGAAAUGUGCCUGGCAACCCAGCAGCUCUCCAAACAACUUCUUGCAUAUGAAAAACAGAACUUUGCUCUGGGUAAAGGAGACGAAGAAGUGAUAUCCACCCUUCAGUACUUUUCAAAAGUUGUAGAUGAGCUUAACACUCUACAUACUGAACUGGCCAAACAGCUUGCAGACACAAUGGUUCUCCCCAUCAUCCAGUUCCGUGAAAAAGAUCUUACAGAAGUAAGUACUUUAAAGGAUCUCUUCAGCCUUGCUAGCAAUGAACAUGAUGUCUCCAUGGCAAAGUAUAGCAGACUACCCAAAAAGAGAGAGAACGAAAAGCUAAAGGCAGAAGUUGCAAAAGAAGUAGCUAGUGCCCGGAGGAAGCAGCAUCUCUCAUCAUUGCAGUAUUACUGUGCCUUGAAUGCUUUACAGUACCGCAAGAGAAUUGCCAUGUUGGAGCCCAUUCUGGGAUACACAAGUUCACAGAUUAAAUUUUUUAAGAAAGGAGCUGAGAUGUUUUCCAAAAAAAUGGACAGCUUUUUGUCUUCCGUUUCCAGCAUGGUUCAGAGUGUACAAGAAGAAUUGGAUACUGAGUCUGAAGCCAUGCGGAUAUCUCAGCAAGAUUUGCUUUCAGUUGGUGAAUCGGUGUAUACGCCCGAUUACGAUGCAGCUGCACCUCUCAUCAACAGAAACCUUAUUCAGAAAGCUGGCUACCUUAACCUUAGAAAUAAAACAGGCCUAGUGACUACAACAUGGGACAGGUUGUACUUCUUCACUCAAGGUGGAAACUUGAUGUGUCAGCCCAGGGGAGCAGUAGCAGGGGGACUGAUCCAGGACCUGGACAACUGUUCUGUGAUGGCAAUUGAUUGUGAAGACCGACGAUAUUGCUUUCAAAUCACCACUCCAACGGGAAAACCAGGCAUAACACUUCAGGCAGAAAGCAAGAAAGAAUAUGAAGAGUGGAUAUGUGCAAUCAACAACAUCUCCCGGCAGAUCUAUCUUACUGACAAUCCUGAAGCAGUUGCCAUCAGAUUAAAUCAAACAGCUCUACAGGCUGUGACCCCAAUCACAAGCUUUGGAAAGAAACAGGACAGUCUCUCCCCCAGCCAGGAUGUGAAGAACAUGGAGGUGAUGAAUGAUAGGAAAAUCACUCAUGAGCCUGCCAGCCUUUCUGAAUCUGCUGAGUUAAUUGCACCUGGAACACCAAUUCAGUUUGACAUUGUACUUCCUGCAAUGGAGUUCCUAGACCAGAACAGGGGUGGCAGGCGUACAAACCCAUUUGGAGAGUCUGAAGAUGGCAGGAAAGAUGAUGAAGCUGAUUCUCUCUUGAAUCAGAUGUUUGUAGUUCGUUUUUUGGGAUCUAUGGCUGUCAAAUCUGACCACACUGUUGAAGUGAUUUAUGAAGCUAUGAGACAGGUGUUGGCAGCUCGGGCCAUUCACAACAUCUUCCGUAUGGCUGAAUCACACCUCUUGGUCACCAGCAAUGACCUGAAAUUAAUAGAUCCCCAAACACAAGUUACAAGAGCAAGCUUUGACCUGGCCAAUGUGACACAAUUUGCUGCUCAUCAGGAAAAUAAGAGACUGAUUGGUUUCGUGGUUUGUGUCUCUGAGUCUCUGGGUGAAGAUUCUAUGAGCACUUACGUAUUUGAGAGUAACACUGAGGGUGAAAAGAUUUGCUAUGCAAUAAGCCUGGGGAAGGAAAUCCUUGAGGCUCGGAAGGAUCCAGAAGCAUUAGCUCAGUUAAUGUCAUCUAUGCCACUAACCAAUGAUGGAAAGUUCAUGCUGUUGAAUGACCAUUCAGAAGAGGACAAUGUUGUACAUGGAGAUGGGCAGGAGGAGUCAGAAGCAUAAGUUGUGAUUUCUUUCAGAGGAGGUGGUGGUGUGUGGAACAGGCUAAAUUCUGUGCUCUCAGCUAUGAUCCAACAUGGGAUGGAUUACCUAGAGAUAGCAUGGGAAGUGAAUUUGGCAUAAUAGAAGGACAAUCUUUGAAAAAUUCCCAGCAAUCAGCAUUGAGAAAAACUGUAUGGCUACCAGCAAAUUUCUAAUUCAAGCCAUAGACACAGCAGGGCUCUUCUUGACAUUCCAAACUCAUCUUUUCAUCAGCCUGCAUGUUCUUCUGCUUCUAGUUUCCCAUUGUAGCCAGGGCUGUGUGUACACCUUUUAGCUAGCUAAAUUAUAUUCACCUGCACAUCUGUUUAUUUUGAUGUUGGAUUGGGCAAGGAGAUACACAGACCCAUGAAGCUUCACCCUCUGUAAUUCUAGGCUGUGCAUGCACAUUGCAUUCAAGCUACUAAAGGCUUCAUUAGGCAUGCCUCUCAUUCGAAACACACUAGACAUUCUAGGAAAUUAAACGUUCUGAGAAAGGUAAAUUUUUGCACUUAGUACUAAAAGUCUGGAACACAGACAGCCCUAAUGCAUCUUUAGUUCAUAAGUAUUGUUGUAACAGUUAAUUGCUUUUACACUAAGUUGUUUUUAGGCUCUGGUACUUUUUUUUUUAAAGGAACACUAUUUUGAGCUAGAUUGUUUAGCAAAAAGUUCUUUAAACACUUUCCUAUUAAUAUAUAUUUUUUUACUAUAUCUGAAGUAAGCAUUCACUAUUAAAGUUAAGUGCCUACUAGUUUUCUGAGGACCACACCAUUGUCCAGGUUGACCAGAACCUUCAUGUUGAACCUAUCAGAAGUUUGAGGUUUUCACCAGGAAUAACCAGAAGAAAGUAUACUGUCUGAGCCACAAGUCAUGAGCCAGGUAGGCUAUUGUUUGUUGCACUGAUUGGUACAGUUGGGUUAGUGCAUCUGCAGGUUCAAAAUGAAAAGGACGGCUUCAAAUUGUCCCAAUACCUGACUGAAAAUACUUCUUCAAAAUCUAUUUGUGGGCAAUCUGCCCCAUGAAGCACUUCUGGGAAGUAAAUUUUAGAGACAUGUGUCUUUCAACAGAUGGCCAAUCUCAGUAUAAUAUUGUCUGUACCAGUUUGACACUGUUGCUCAUGGCGUUAGCACAAAUUGGGACACACCACUGUACUGAUACCUUUGGGUUUUAUUCUUUUAAACUGAAGUAACAUGCAAGAACAGAGCUAGCUCUAAUGAAGUUUUUUUUCUGAUUUCUCUGGGUUUUUAAGAAUGUAAUGUUGAGUAUAUGUUUUAAAGAUAACAAAGCAAGGCUCAUGUCUUGCUUUUCUCGAAUGUUUAACAAUAAUGCAAGAUUAAAAUCUUAUUUGAAGUAAA